CCCUCGCACCUGUGUCUUGCACUGCAAAAAUCUCCUGAGAGCUUGAAAGCUGAUAAGAUUGAUAUAUGGUACUUACAUGCACCUGAACGGAGUACACCACACGAGACCACCCUCCGCGUAGUCAACAAUCUCCACAAAAAAGGUCUCUUUCGCAGAUUCGACAUUAGCAAUUACGCGGUUUGGGAAGUGGCUCAGAUUUGUGAAACCUGUGAUCGUAAUGGUUGUAUCAAGUCGGCUGUGUAUCAGGGUGUGUGCAAUGCACUCCAUCGUGCGGUCGAGCCUAAGUUGCUCCCAUGUCUAAGGAACUACCACGUUGCAUUUUGCACCUUCAAUCCAUUGGCUGAAGGGUAUUUAACAUUAAGAUACACAAGGCAAAUGUUGAAGAAGCAUGAUGAGAUUGAGAAGGGGUCGAGAUUUGACCCACAGAGGCGGCAGGGACAGAAUUAUAGGAGAAGGUAUUGGAAUGAGAAGUAUUUUGAUGCUCCGGAUAUAUUGAGACCGGUCUUUGCGCAAGAGCAUGGCCUUACUGUAGCGGAGUGUGCUCUAAGGUGGAUGCUGAAUCAUUCGUUGCUAAAGAGCGAAUUUGGUGAUGCCAUAAUUAUUGGUGCAAGCAAUGCGGCCCAGCUAGAGGGAAAUUUAGCGAGCUUGGAGAAAGGUCCUCUUUCGGACGACGUGGUAAAAUCGUUGGAUGAGGGUUGGGAAACGGGAGGAGGAGUUUGUGCAAAGCAUUUUCACUAG